AUGAUGGCGACUGCGAUGGCAUCGUCACAGUCGCCGCCUCAGUUUGAUACCUCCACUCCGCCUCCGAUCUCAGCGCGAGCCUCACUAGCAUCCUCCACUACCAAACGAUCGAGCCUCCAAAGACCUUCGUCAUAUGCAAAGAACCGACUAUCUGUUCACUCCAACAAGUCGAAUUCUCAAAAUCGCUCGCGCCCUACCUCUACGAUCUCUAAUACUUUUUCCGUCUACCAGUCAAGCCUUCCCUACGCCAUAGUUCGGGACUUUGCCUAUCCACCGAGUCACCCGCUUCACUAUGGCGCGCCUCCCAAGGAUUCGGGUAUUUCCACGCCCGUCCACGAAUCUCGGAGGAUUUCAGAUGCGCCCUUGUCCUCACUGGACGCCACCCGCUCUCACUGGCCCGCCCCGAACUGGGACCCGGGUACGAUGUAUAGCCAGCAACAACUUCCUCCGAUAGCAUUUGGGGACGGACCCCCUUAUAGCGAAGACGAGGAUUUACAUAGUCCGGUUGUGACAACUUCGCGGCAUCGAAAGAAUAAAUCCGGUCACUCUAGCGAGAGUAGGCCCGGCUCACGCAGACGCAAAGGCUCCGGCUUCGGGGUUGACGCCGACAACGCUAUCGAUGCGGAAAGGGGUGUUUUGAUUGGGGUGAACGGCGAUGGCAGCGAAACAUAUUAUGUGAGGGACGACGACGCGGACGAGGAUGGACCAGGAGGGGAAUACGUGACCUACCCGGCAGGGGAUAGCAGGCGUUCAUAUCACCCUGGUUUCGGUGACCAGGGUGCAGUGGGAGGUUCGGGACUCGGUAAUUCACUUCAUAACCACGGAUCUUACGAUCGAGAUUUCGAACUAGCUUCUGAUGAUGAUAUAUCAGAUGAUGACGCGUGGCAUGACCCCUCGAGGUACUCGCGGGACUACCAGUUUACAAUUGUCUCACCGGACGAGGAGAUGCACGGAAAAGCUGUAGCACUCUUCGAUUUCACUCGUGAGCAUGAAAACGAGCUGCCUUUGAAAGAAGGCCAGGUAAUUCUAGUUUCUUAUCGCCACGGACAAGGGUGGCUUGUUGCCGAAGACCCAAGGACGGGAGAGAGUGGACUAGUUCCAGAGGAAUUCGUACGCCUUGUUAGAGAUAUCGAAGGUGGACUAAAUUCCUUGAAUGGUGAUUUGAACAUGGUCGACGCGAACCUCGCCGGAAGCGAAACCGAGCAAACCCCGACUGCAACUACUCUUCCAACCUCACAGCUGAACGAUGCCCAUAUUAGUGGUACAACUGACGAAGGCGAGGCACAAGCAAACACCCAUGCUGACAUCGAGGUAACAGAUAGUGGCACACAGGAAAUGGACACUUCAGCCGCCCAAAUCAAAGAGACGGAGAAAGACAAAGCCAGGGAAAAGCAUCCGCCGAUAGUAUCUACCUUUUCAACAAGCAGUCGUGACUUAAACCCCUAUCCCCCUCACCUACUCAGCGGACAUCAGCAUAGCAGAUCCAUGCCUCCUCCUAUUGAGCAUUCUGAAGCUCAGCUAGCUCGUUCCGCCUCCGGGGCAGCGAAACGGACAAAAAGUGUCUCUAAGCGAGCCUCCGAAUCCACUUAG